CAGAAAAGGAGGACACCAUUGUCAUUACUUUAACCAUCAUGUCCCUUCAGGUUUUUGUUUUCUUUUGCUCACUUCACUUCCAUUUUAUGAUACCCUUCUGAAAUUGAUCCUUUCCUUUUGGUUCUUCUUCUUUUUUGUUGUUUUUACAACAUCUCUCUGUAAAAGAAACCCUGUUGUCCAAAUAAUGUGACCCGAUUCCCUUUUUUGCAGGCUUUCUUCAUCCCCACUUUGUUUUCUUUUGAUCCUUCUCUUUCCCCAUCAUGCGUUUCUUGUGAAUCUUAGUCCAAAAGUACUCAUGAUACCUUUUGGGCUCUGAUUUGGGAAAAAGUUACUACGUUUUAUUGUUUUAGAACUUCUUCAAAUGGAAUGCGUUGUAGGUGUUCGAUGAUUUGCUCAAAUGGGGAAAUUUUGGGUUCUUUCUUUUUGGGUGUUUCUUGCUGUUUUUCGGCACAGAGAUUGAAAGGGUAACUAGUUUUUUGAUAGUUUUCUUUGUUUACAUUCUUGGAAAAUGAUGAAGAGGCAAAAGAGUGGUACAGUUAGAGGUGGGUUAGAUCAUGUAGGAGAGAAAGUUGUGCUUAUUGCUGUGAAAGCAUCCAAAGAAAUUUCAAGAAAUGCUUUGAUUUGGGCUUUAGCUCAUGUUGUUCAACCUGGGGAUUGUGCUAAACUGCUGGUGGUCAUCCCUGCUCACACCUCAAGUCAUAAGUUAUGGAAUUUCUCGAAAUUCAACAGCGAUUGCACCACAGGGCAAUGGAAAUCUCUUUCGGGUGAUGUUAGGGAUCAGAAGGACUAUAUCACCGAAUCGUGCUCUCAGAUGAUGCUUCAACUCCAUAAUAUUUACGACUCAGAUAAGAUAAAGAUGAAGAUCAAAGUCGUUUCCGGCACCACGUGUGGAGUGGUGGCUGCUGAAGCAAAGAAAACCCAAACACAAUGGGUUGUUUUGGAUAGGAAACUGAAAAAAGAGGCGAAAGUAUGCAUCGAGGAGUUAGAAUGCAAUGUGGUUGUGAUGAAAAAGUCGCGGCCGAAAGUUCUCCGGCUCAAUUUGGUUGGAUCACCAACAAAAGAAGUCGGCGAAGGUUUAAGUUCUUGUUUAGAAGCACCUGCAGAGAGUUCCAAAGAAGAAGAAAGUAUUUGGAAUGCAACUAAAGUUCCAAAUGUGACCCCCGUAAGCAGUCCCGAACAUUCGUUGUUUUCCACAACGGAACACGGAACUUCUUCGUUAUCGAGCUUAGAUCUUGGGUUUUCUCCGUUUUUGGUAGCGGAUCAUGAUUGGGAUGUGAAAAAAGAUGAGUUUCUUGAUGAGUCUGAUUCCGAUACCGAUAGUGAGAAUCUGAGUUCAUCCCCAUCAACAAGCUUAUGUUCUCCAUGGAUGGCGGAUGCUUUUAGUUCUUCCGGGGAAUUCUCGAAGAUGGAAAGAAGUCCGAAAUUGUUAAAUGAACGAGCUUUGAUCAAUCCAAUCACGGAUGCACUCCGUUUAAAGUUCUCCGAGCUUGACCAUAGACUCGAAAAGGCAACCAAGAAUGUGAGGGAGACGAUCCCGUUAAGGAGACACGUGCCGCCUAAACCGCCGCCACUUUGUUCAAUCUGUCAGCAUAAAGCGCCCGUUUUUGGAAAACCUCCGAAAUGGUUCACGUUUUGCGAGCUUGAAGAUGCUACAGACGGGUUUUCUAAAGCUAAUUUCUUGGCGGAAGGCGGGUUUGGAUCGGUGCACCGAGGGGUUCUGAAAGAUGGUCGAAUGGUUGCUGUCAAACAGCAUAAGAUGGCUAGUUCUCAAGGCGAUAACGAGUUUUUCUCUGAAGUUGAGGUUUUAAGCUGCGCACAGCAUCGAAAUGUUGUGAUGCUGAUCGGAUUUUGCGUGGAGGAUGGCCGACGGUUGCUUGUUUACGAGUAUAUCUGCAACAGUUCUUUAGAUUCUCAUCUUUACGGGCACGAUCAUGGGCCGUUGGAGUGGUCCGCGAGACAAAAGAUCGCAGUUGGAGCUGCUCGAGGGCUACGAUAUCUUCACGAAGAAUGUCGAGUCGGUUGUAUCGUUCAUCGUGAUAUGCGGCCAAACAACAUUCUUCUAACUCAUGAUUUUGAAGCUUUGGUCGGAGAUUUUGGGCUUGCGAGGUGGCAACCGGACGGCGAAACUGGUGUGGAAACGAGAAUAAUUGGAACUUUCGGGUAUUUGGCUCCGGAAUACGCUCAGAGUGGCGAAAUUACCGAAAAGGCCGAUGUCUAUUCUUUCGGGGUCGUGUUGGUUGAGCUCAUUACUGGACGAAAAGCCGUUGAUAUAAACCGACCAAAGGGCCAACAAUACCUUACCGAAUGGGCUCGGCCAUUGCUCGAAGAGACUGCCAUCGCCGAGUUGAUGGACCCGCGGCUUAAACAAAGUUACUCGGAACCGGAGGUGCGAUGCAUGUCACAUUGUGCAUCGUUGUGCAUCCGUCGGGACCCACACUCACGACCUCGAAUGUCUCAGGUGCUUUGGAUGUUGGAAAAUAAUGAUAUCAAAUGAUCUCCGGCGACUCAGGUGUGAUUCCGGCGACCAUUAUCUGGCCGGAGCAAUAGUUGGAUCAUUGAAAAAGAAAUUACAUGCAUUUAUUGGAAUACUUGUACAUAUAUUCUUUAAUUUUUUAUUUAUUUUUCCUGUUUGAAAAUGGAAGAAAUUAAGCUA